AUGAAGCAGGCCAAGCUAUCAUUUGUCUCCAAGCGGACAACUUCUACGAACGCUGCUGCCGGAAAGAACACCAAGUCCACCCGCAAGCAGCCCGCACGAGCCUCCUCCAGCCCCACAUCUAGCGAGCCUAUCAUCAUCUCGGAUAGUGACAGCGACGAGUCUUCCGAUGACAUCCACGUUGUGCCUGCUCCGAAGAAGCGGCGCCUCGACUCAUCUGGACUAGGAAGCGGGAAGAAGCAGCCUGAGCUGAAGGGUGUUGGAGAUCCCGCUGUGACCGAGCCGGAGAAUGAGAGAGAGCCUUUGAACUUGUCUGACCCGAGAUGGCGCAAGCUGUAUGGCUCAUCACGAGAGAAGAUGGGUAACUUGGAACCGGUUCAUGCGAACGGUCAGUCCAUGGUCCACCAUAUCCUGCGGGUGUUCGACCUUUCGUACGAAUAUGGUCCCUGUGUUGGAGUAUCCCGCCUGGAUCGCUGGGAACGAGCCCACGCGCUUGGUUUGAAUCCGCCUCCGGAGGUGAAAGAGAUCUUGUUGACCAAGGAAGGUGGCACGGAUGAGCAGUUCUCGCAAUCCGUCUUCCACGGUGAGGUUUAG